GCUCAGUUGGUAGAGCGCAAGGCUCUUAACCUUGUGGUCCAGGGUUCGAGCCCCUGGGGUGGCGCGGUACAACUAAUCCCGUCGGCCCGUGGAUCCUUAUAAAUUCCCUCUUUCUAUUUUCUCCUCCCCUUUGUUGCCCUUUCUUGUCAGGGAGGGGACCGGGACCCGCGCGGAGGCAGGGAAAAGAGAGGGGCAUUUCGGAUCAAGAAGGUUGCACGCUUCUGUAAAGAACCUGUGCAAAACUCAACAUCUCGUGGUAGGGAGGUCCUCCAUCCGGAUUGAAUGUGACAGUACAUGAAAUCAUGUAGACUAACGAGCGCGAGCUAGUUCCUCUUCGGGCGUGAGGGCGGGUAGCAGAAUCCAGUCACGGGAUUGAAGGGAGGAUCGGAGGGAUCAAGGGGAGCUGGAAUGGGAAUGAAACCUCUGUCCCUGAUGGUUUUGAUGCACUGAUAGCACUAUGCUACAACAGCAGCACAAGUGGUGAAACCGCCGACCGGAAUGCGGAGCGUCCAAACCAGUUUGUAUGCUAACGGCAUGGCCACAUCGCGGAUGACACGGAUGAUGGGGACGUCGGCGACCAACUUGCGCAAGAACUUAACGAUGGGGCCCAUGCCUAACACUGCUGAUGUAGAAGUUGUGAAUGCGGACAAGACGCCUAGCGAGCUGCAGGUGAGAUGUGGCAUGACCUUGUGCGGGGUGUUGUUUCUUACGAUGGGCCCAAGGAUUUUGUGCCGUGACAUGGUGACGUUCUUUCAUCAGAACAUGGCGAGUCAGGAAAAGAACUUGAAGAGGACAAUCUUGAUCAAACACAGUUGUCCAUCCGUUUCUCUGCUGUCACGGCGAACAAUUUUUAAGGAGUGACUAGCUUGUAAAUUGUGACGUAUUUAUGUGCUUACUCAGAACUUGAAUCUAUAUGAUCUGUUUCUCCCGAGAUUUAUGUUAUUGCCAAAAAGACCUCGUCAGAAUCCAACUGGAGAGGUGGACCAAGGAUGACAUCUGCUUCUGGCAAGUAUCGACAGCCGGAGGAUCAUCCCCGGAGCAAUGCGAAUAACUAGUACAGAAUUCGAUUUGGUGACUUGAUCACUUAACACUCGGGCACUACCCUUUGUGAAGGCAAAGAGGGCUCGCCGACCUUGAGAUGAACUCAUCAAGUGUAAGUAAGUGUCUUACCAAUGGAAGAUUAGCAUGCAAGACUCAUCAGAUCAUGCGUCUCUCUGUAGCAGGUAAAGUGAAAGAUGCAGCCAUGUUCUCUUCUCACACUCAAUACGAAAUUCCGCAAGGUCCUAUCCCAAUCAAGUGUGCUUGCCUAACUUAUAAGGUGGGCUAGGAUAUAUAACCGUGGAAGUCGACAAACAAGGCCCAACAUCUACGGUUACAUCCUGAUGAAGCAGCUUGUGCUUUGAAGCUUCAUGUGGAUGUCAGGCAUUCGCACAGAAAUCACAAUAGUUCUGCAGCCGAUUUAAACAGUCACCGUCAGUGCAGAGCUAAGUGAACAUCUAUUUACGAAUUCAUACAUGAGUGUUGAUAAAUUGAAUUUUACAAUGGACCCUCAGAACCAUCGUGCGCAGGAUUCUGCUGUUAACAUCCAAUAUAGGUGUUGACACAUUUUUAGCCCCUGUUCUAUUAUUACUCUAGUAUGGUGUGCGCCAGCACUAUAUGAGCUGCCACGUUACGUUUUCUUGUUGUCCGCCUGGAUUAGAUCUUGCUUGGCGGUUACUGUUCAUUGGUACCUAAACAACCUUGUUCUCAGAGUUAAACAAGUGAAAUAAAAUCUAGUUUAGUGUUUGGUUAUAA